UGUGUUCGUCUCAACGUAGCACGAAAUGUGUCUCCUCUCAGCAAAGACACACACACUAACGUGGGACGUGCCAGUUAACGGUUUUUUGAUAUUGAAAGUUUUGUUUUUGUCGCCUUAACAUUGUUCCGAUGUUCUACUUUGUCUAUUAAAACAUUCCGCUUGUAAAACGCAAUAUUUAUUGGCCAAGAGCUGCCGACUUCGUUUCUACUAAAGAGUGUCCGCUUCCCCUCCCCUCGAUGAAGCGCUGCGAUGCCCUCUGAUUUUAUAUCCCUCCUUAGCUCGGAUCUCGACCUCAAUUCCCCCAAAUCUCUAUAUUCAAAAGAGUCGGUAUAUGACCUCCUUCCCAAAGAGCUCCAGCUCCAGCCGUCGUCCACCCAGACAGAUCCACCCACCAUGAGCCAGAAGAGUGGGGGAGAGGCGGGACCUCCCCCCUCUGCAGCCGUGGCCUCAGAUGCCACCUCUUCCACCUCCAGCCCCUCUGCCCCAUCCCUGGCCAUGGGAGCCCCAUCCACUGGCUCCUCUACCUCAUCCUCAGACCAUCUCAAGGUUCCCCAGCAUCUCCACUCCACCGGAGGGGAUGGAGCUGGAGCUUCAGAGAUUCAAGGUAUGGAGGGUGCUGUAUCUGCCCCCAGCAGAGGCAACAGUGGAGCAAACACUGCAACAGGAGACAUAGGGUCAGGAGUGUUGUCAGGGCUAGGAGUCCAGCAGCCUCAGAACACCCCAUCAAAGCGGAGGCCUGUGUUGAGCAUAUCCCCGCCACCUGAGGACCUGUUUGACGACAGCCAGAUGUCUUGCCAGGAGGAGCCUGCUGCAUCUGGUCCAACAGGUCCAGACUCAGAGCAUAGCAGCAGCAUGUGGGCAGAUGACUCCGUCUCCAACUUCAGCUUGAUCAGCUCCAUCUCCUACAACGACAAUACAGAGGUGCCGCGCAAGUCGAGGAAACGCACCCCUCGCCAGCGGCCUGGGCCUAAGCCAGCUCAUCCAGAGGACAGCAUGGAUGUGUUUGAUGCUGAUAGCGCCAAGGCUCCUCACUUUGUCCUAUCCCAGCUGGGCACAGACAAGACCAGUCCCAUAGCAAGCUCUCUGGAGUCGGGAACUGCAGUGAAGGGUGGGUCACUGUCUACUCAGUAUCCCCCGAGGAGUGACGGGAAAGAGCUAAAGAUCCUGGUGCAGCCAGAGACCCAGCACAGAGCUCGCUAUCUGACUGAGGGCAGCAGAGGUUCUGUCAAAGACCGCACACAACAGGGAUUCCCCACUGUCAAGUUGGAAGGCGUGAAUGAACCAGUUGUGCUGCAGGUGUUUGUGGCGAAUGAUGCAGGCAGAGUAAAGCCUCACGGUUUCUACCAGGCAUGCAGAGUGACAGGACGCAACACCACAGCCUGCAAGGAGGUGGACAUAGAGGGUACCACUGUUAUUGAGAUCCCUCUGGAGCCCAGCAAUGACAUGACACUCGCGGUGGACCGUGUAGGGAUUUUGAAGCUGCGUAAUGCAGAUGUGGAGGCACGUAUUGGUGUGGCAGGGUCCAAGAAGAAGAGCACACGUGCCAGGCUGGCCUUCAGAGUCAACAUCCCCCAACCUGAUGGAUCAGUCCUUACUCUACAGGCCACCUCAUCACCCAUCCUCUGCACCCAGCCAGCAGGAGUGCCAGAGAUCCUGAAGAAGAGUCUUCACAGCUGCUCAGUGAGAGGAGGAGAGGAAGUGUUUAUCAUCGGAAAGAACUUCCUCAAAGGAACCAAAGUUAUUUUCCAGGAGAAUAUUGCAGAUGAUAAUUCCUGGCAAGCUGAAGCAAAGAUUGACAUGGACCUUUUCCAUCAGAACCAUUUGAUAGUGACAGUCCCUCCGUUCCACAACCUGUCAAUCUCUUCUCCCGUUUCUGUGGGAAUCUUCGUGAUGACCAAUGCUGGUAGAUCACAUGACGCCCAGCCCUUCACCUACACUCCAGACUCAGCUGAUAACUCAAAUGUCCCGACAAUAAAGACAGAGGGACCUUCCCUGGUUAAGACAUGUAUAUUUGAUGGCCAGAUCAAAUCUUUAUCUUCUGAGCAAACUGACAGCUCUGCUCCGCCUUCCAAACGGCAAGAGGACACACCAAUGGAAGUGUCCAGCAAUCCACCAGCCACAGACGUCUUCAAGCCCUCCCCUGACCCUCUUGUUGCGGUGCAGCAGACGCUGGAGCUCAGCUCUAGUCCUCAUUCAGGUGGAGAAUCCUUUCAGAGCCCAAUGCCCCUACAACCUGAAGAUGUGGAGCUUCCCCAGGCGCCACCUGUCUUCCCCAGCCUGGAGUCUCUCAGCACCAUGCAAAAGCAAGACAUUGCCCCCACAACCUCCUUCCCAGUGCCGGGUGAUACUACAAUCCCCCCUGUGACACCAGAAGUCCCGCAGCAAUUCCUCAGAGACCCUCAGGACAGCAUACCACCUGAGAGUUCCAAUAAUAGCCAAGGAGUUGUAGUUGUGGCCAUGCCCCAGAUAGCAACUCCCUCUCAGCCACAGCAGUCACAGGUUCCCCUUUUCCCCCAGGAAGGGGUUGCACAGCUGGAGAGGGCAGUAAGGGAGCUACAGGCUGGAGGUAACACCACGCUCCAGCAGGUUAUAGAGGCGGCUGUAGCCCAGCAGCAGCUGAACUCUGUGCUGUACAGCCCCACUCCCUCUGCAGACUCCCUGCAGCAGCACGUCCAGGAGAACAUGAAUAGCCUUAGAUUGGGAACCACAGAUAAUUCGCUAUCGCCACAGCAACAGCUGCAGAUGCAACAGCAACAACAGAUACAGCAGCAACAGCAGAUACAACAACAGCAACAGAUACAGCAACAACAGAUACAACAACAACAACAGAUACAACAACAACAACAGAUACAACAACAGCAACAGAUACAACAACAGCAACAGAUACAACAACAACAGAUACAACAGCAACAACAACAACAAAUACAGCAACAGUUUCAGCAGCAUCAACAACUGCAGCAACAACAGCAGAUCCUUGGUAACCUUCAGCAUCAACAACAGCAGCAAAACUUACAGCAGCAACAGCAGCAGGUUCUUGGCAACAUGCAGAUCCAACAACAACUUAUAUUACAGCCACAAGACCAGCAACAAAUCAUGGAGAAUAUUCAACAGCAACAACAACAGCUGCAACAAAAUCAGCAACAGCAAGUCCUUAACAACAUCCAACUUCAGGAUCAGCAACAACAAAAUCAAAUACUUACCAAUUUACAGCAACAUCAGCUACAACAGCAGCAGCAGAAUCAGGCGCUGAGCAACUUACAACAGCAACAACAACUGCAAGAGCAGCAGGUGUUGGAGAAUUUACAGCAGCACCUUCAGGCUGAGUUGCUUCAGCCCCAGAUCCACUCCUCCCCACAAAUACAGCAGCCAGUGUCCCUCCUUCAACAGGCUGGAGAGCUGCUCACCAUCCAAACCAGCUUCCCAACACAACCUCCGUCCCACACAUCUCCCCCACAGCAGCUCUUUCAAUCGCCCAGGCCCCUGGCUGAGACCCAGGGCUCCCAACAGCAGGUCCAGGCUGCCCUGCUUCAGAACGCGCAGAUUGUUCUUGCCAGUGGCAGUCUCAACUCAGAGCAGCAGCCUACAGGGUCAACCCUAUACCUGUCCCCAAACCCCCAGCCCCAACAACAGCCACAGCAGCUGGCAUUCAUCGCCUCCAUGGAGACAUCUAACAGCCAGUCCCAAUCUGUUGCAAUGUUUCAGAACCAACCCCAAGCUCAGCUCUCCCAAAUGCAGCAACAGAGCACCCCCAUGGAGCAGCAGCAGUCUCCACAGCAGAACCAGCAACAGCCACCGCAGCUUCCAAUGGGCCAGCAGGGCUCCUUGUUCCAAAAUAUCCCAAACCACUCCCAGCCUAACCCUGUCCCCCAGAGUCAGCUUUCCCAACCCCAGCAAACAGGUCUCCUCCUCUGCACCACAGAUUUAAACCCCCAGGCUAUUCCGCCAACUAUUCUCUUUAGCACUCAGACCCAAGGCGCUUCCCCCAUGGGGAGCAUUAGUGUUGGAAUCCCCCAGCCAGACCCAGCAGAGCCCAUGUCCUUCCAAGACCAGAGCUCCUCAGGCAGCAACUCCACAUCCUCUGAGAACCAACAGCAGAACCUGUUCCAAGAACAGCAGCCAAUGCAAGUGGGCCCCAGUUCCAGCAACGUGCCGAGCAGUCAACCCGUGGAGCUGUUCUUGCCACAGACGUCUCUGUCCAGCCUGCAGAGCACUAUUGGCUCACAGGAGCUGAACAACCAGGCUCCAGCCCCUGGCACGACCAUCUUUGUGGUACAGGGUGGUGUGGGUGUGGUAGCCAACCCUGGCCAGCAGCCCCCAGAGCAGCUUUUCCAGACAACUGUGGGUGGGAAUGUGGCUCCACAAGGACAGGCCAACCUGUUUGUGUUUGGCAUCCAGAAUGAUUCACCCCAGCUGCUCAAUUCCUCUGGGCCCACCCUGCCAGCUCAGGCCCAGUCCCAAAACUCCAGUCACAUGCAGCCUCUGUUGGACCAGCCCAUGGGCCAAGCUGCCUCCACAAUGCCGACCACCAUGCACAGCAGCUUACAGAACACCCUCCAGGCACAAAUGCAGUCCAGCUUAGAGAACGCCAUGCAGACCAGCCUACAGAACGCAAUGCAGACAAACACACAAACAGCUCUGCAGUCUGGUCUGCAGGCAACCAUAGAAACAAGCCUGCCGACUCCAAUGCAGACCAAUCUACAGACCCAGAUACAGAGCAGCUUACAGAAUCAAUUGCAGGCGUCGAUAUCUGCAUCGUCCAACAUGAAUAAAAUCGAGGACCUACUGGAAAGCCUACAGAAGCAGUGAUAUAUGUUUGGACCAUGUGGGCACUAAGGAGAGUGAGUGAUAUGUAGCCGAGAGUUAUCCAUCCUUACAUCAACAAACAGAACGGUGGUGUUUUGUGCCAAUGCCACACGACUGAAGAAUUUAAUGCUCCCUUUUACCUAAAACCCCAAAUUAUGAGCUCAUGUAACUCCUUGUUUUAAUGGAAUAUUUAUAAAUACUUAUAGCCUUCAUACAUCCAUUGUCCUUGAAUUGAAGAAUCCGCCUUUGUUAUUACCCCUCUUGCAGGAUCAGAGAGGCCUGUAAUAACUGCUUUAUCCAUCAGUCUCAGAAAUGCAGUGUUUUCUUAAGAGUGUUUUAAUAAUGUGAGCCUAAGAGAUGAUGAUGAUGAUGAUGAUGAUGAUAAAAACCUACCAGGUUCGGUGGAAAAACUGGAAAGGGUUAAAGAAUGUCAGCAACAGGGAAACGGGGGAAUCGUAAUGUGAUGGAGAUGAGUCUGUGAGAGCAGGCAGAGUAGAUAAAACAGCCGACCAUGGAGUGACUAUCAGAUUGCACAAAAGUGUCAGAUAUGGGCUGAAUCUCAUUUUGUGAGUGUGGAAACUCCAAACCUUCACUUCACUGUGAGUCUAUGAGAUGUGUUUUUCUGUCUGUCGUGUGGAAAGGAGGGGGGGAUAAUCUGGCAUUGAAACAAGGCUGAAAUAAUGUCACCACUCAAUUUAAAUUUUGACAUGGAUAAUGUGAGAUUUUUUUUUUGCGGUUAAUUAACCUUUGUGUUUGCGUGUGUCAACAGUUUCACUAAAAUCUACUCUAAGAGUAAAGACUGAAAUUAAGUACAUUUGUAGAAUGUUUUGCCUCCAUCAUAUUUGCUGGCAUGGCUGGAGUAUGCACCUGAGCAGACUGUAUUAAGGAGGAGAGGAGUUUAAAUAUUGCUAUCUGUUAACUCACCAAAAUGGAUAUCAAUGCUUAGUGGUAUUGCAGGGGAUUUCUCCCAAGUGCAGAAAGAGGAGGGGCUGUUAACACUCGCAAAUGAGAUUCAUCCUGGUGAAUAAUGUGACUUGGCCUUUCGUUUUGGCACCUCCCAGUGUUUUCAAAAGGUUAAUCCUCGUUACUGGGUUUGCAGAAGCUUUCUUGGUGAAAUUUUAAGAAGCAUUCAACUAUGUAGUGUGUGUAUCUUUUUGUUUGUUUGUUUUGAAGAAGUUGGUAACCUUUACCAAUUUAAUGUGGAUAGAGAGAAAAUUUCCACUAGUGAAAAUGGAGUGUUGUGUGGUUUUAUAAACAUUUUAUCUCAAGCACUUUAUAACCUCUAGCUAAUCCUUAUAUCCGUCCACAGCUCUCUACUGACCCAGCUGAAUUUAUACUCUGAAACGUCCAGUUAAAAAACACAAGAGAGAUAAAAAAAAAUAACAAAAAACACAGCAGUCGUCUUUGUAAAGGUAAAUACAUCCUAACCAAGCAUUUUUACAUUUUCUCAUGUCUGAAUAUUUUUGAGGUCGAGGACAUCUUUGUACAGAAUGUCGACUCACUGUUGAAUUCCUCUUUGUAUUCAGUCUCAGUGGUCCAGUCAAGUCUGUCUAAAAAACAAAAACGAAACAAAAAACAAACAAACAGCCAUUCCCACAACAGUCAUUUUUCAGUGUUGGAGUGGUUACGCAGGCCUUUGUGUUUUAGACAUCGACAAAACACCUAAAAUACUGAUUUAGUUUGUGCAUUGAAAUGAAGGAUUUUUCAUCGUAUUUGCUAUUUGUACUAUUUACUGUUCAAUCUGUCACUUGAGACUGUUUUACCUUGUGUUGUGUUAGAUAUUUAAGUUUUUGUCUCAGUGUUGGUACCGCGUGCAGGCCGGCGCCGUGUGAAGUUGGCACCCAGUACCCGUCCCUUGUGUUGUGAACAGGGGCUCACUGGUAAAUGAAAUCUCUGUUACAUAGAGGCCGCCAUUUUGAUUCUAUCUAUGGUGCUAUGUGCAGGAGUGAUGGGCACUUCUGAUGUGAUGUUAGUACAUAACAAUUUAUACUUAUAUCAAAUAGCACUGACAUUAAUUGUUAGUUUUGAAGCGGAGUCGAGUCUAGAGAGCUGGCUGUUGUUGUGGGGUCAGACUGGAGUGCACCCAGGCAUACCAAAGCUCCUGUUGUGAAUCGCCGUCAUCUUGUCUCAUACUUGUCCUUGCAAAUGCCCUCAUGAUGUUUACUCAUUUGUACUUACUCGUUUAAAUUAUGCAGCUCUUACAUGGAUAGUAAUUCAGCAUGUUGUUUUCAGUACAAGAUUUAUAAAAGAUAUGUAAAGGUACUUUGUUUCAUGGAUCAGUUCACGUCUCAUUAACAUUUCCACCAAUUUGAUACAUUACUCUAUUUUUUUUAUGCAAAAAUAACACUGCUGUACUUUCCAUAUCUACAACAGUAGCCAAUUUGGCGUUAUCAGAAAAGCCAAUUUUUUUGAGAAUAAUUCAAAUGUUAGAAUAGUAUUGCUCACAUAUGCAUUUGUUUACAUUUUCAUAGUCAUACUAUUUUGUCCUGCAGCUGUUAGUGAUCCAUUUUAAAGUAACUUAUCUUUUUUAGAAUUUUGUAUCCAUGUAUCAAAAUGUAGAGUAUUUUUGUAAAACUAAACUUUUUUGGUUUAUGCUCAUAGCACAGAAUAUCAUUGCUGGUAUGUUUUUCCUGAAAUGAAGCGCAGGUUUAUUGUGAAGUGUGUGACUGAAAUUAGAAAUGUAAUUAAGUGGACAUCAAGCAAAUAUAUGUUGGAACUUAAUUCUACUGUUAACAUUGACUUUACCCAACCUGUAUGACAUAAUACAUGGGCUAGGUUUCUCUUGUGUGUGCGUGUUGUUGUUUUUUCUCCUUAUUUUAUGUCAUGCAUCUCAAAUGGCACUUUGACUCAUCCAUUAACUGUAGAUCAGGUUAGAGCGCAGUAGUGAUGUUUUCCAAGCAUUCCAUUCCUCUUGGGGAGUUUAAGAGCACAUGAUGUUGCGGGAAGAAGUGCGGAACAGUAAUGCCUCUUAAAGCCAUACCAACACAGAAAGCCAACCUGUGACUUCAGUUUCAUGAAUGUAAAUUUUACCUCAUGGUGUGGACAUAGAGCUUGCUCUACAUCUAACAUCGGACCAAUUACAGUUUUAGAGAACAUAUAUUUUGAGGCAGAGAGGGUGGGGGUGGGGUGGCACCAACUGUCAUUUGUAUCACUGUACAUUUGUCAGAUUGUUUUGUCUCGGACCGUGGUGUAAUUUCAUGUUUUUCACGUCCAGUCGUUUCAUUUUGAGCAAUCCAGGAUGCUCAGUCUGACUCUCCAAAUAGCCACUUCCACCUGAAAAUACCCAUGUGAAACGUUAAUUUAAUGGUGGUGAAGAUAGCACACAAAUCUUUACAAAAUAUCAGUUUUGUCCUUCAGUCAUGUAAAUGAAUAUCCAUGUAUAUUUAAAUGUGAAAUAUACUGCAGGGGUAUCUUGAAUUUCAAUUGUGAUGCUUUCAACAGAACUUUGUGUGCCUUGAUAACUUUACUGUUACUCUGCUGUGUUUACUGGUGUCCCUUUUGUGUCAUUUGCCAUUUGGCUCCGUGUCCUUUUUAUUCUCUAGGACUGUUGAACAUCAGGACACUUUUCAGUGAUUGAGUUUUUAUUUCUAAACACAAGCCUAACCAUAGCCCAUACAGAUACAUUUUUAGUUUCAACAUUUUCUGUUUGGAAAUCCAUCGCAGGACUGAGUACUUUCAACAUACUAUUGUGCAGCUUCACCAGUGAAUUGUCAACUUGUUUGUUACUUUAUGUUGAAAAUGUUUUUCAUGCCUCAUGAGAUUUGUACAUGUGAGGUAAAAGGGACAAGACAGUGGAGAUUGUUUUAUGGAGAGCUUUCUUGUGUUGAUGUGCUUGUCAACAUUACUAUUGUUGCUGUGAAACGCUUGAUCAAAAGGAGCAACCAUGAUAAAUUAACUGUUAAUUGCCAAUAGUGUGAGCUGUAUCUUGUGUGUAAUCAGUUUGCUCACUUUUUCCUAGUUCGCUUUCGAUUUCACAUUCUCCAACAGUUCUGUUGUAUCCGUUCUGUGUAGCUUGAGCUUUAGUAUCUAGCCUUAAGACCCUGCAGUCGGGAUAAAGGUCAAACCCCAGUGUGUUAUCAUACAUCUGAACUAUUAUUAACAUGUACUUUGCCUUGGUCUGGACAUUUGUAUACUCUUCUGUUUAUAUCUGUAAUCCUGCUGCUACAUUAAAUGAAUUAAUAAAACUUUAAA